GUCCCUCCUGAUUACAUGAGCAUGCGUGUCUUUGGUUGCCUGGCUUAUGCCACUGCUUGGAGGUCAUAAGACUAAAUUUGCACCUCGUGCCAGGAAAUGCAUCUUCCUUGGCAUUCCCACUGGUAUAAAAGGCUUCAAACUCCUUGACCUUGACUCUGAUCAAGUCUUUGUCACUAGAGAUGUCCUCUUUCAUGAAGCCAUUCUACCAUUCAAACAAUCCCAGUCUACCAAUCCUGCACCUCUUCCUCCUGAUCAUUCUCCUUCACCUGUCGUGGAUGAUGAUGUUUUUCCAUUCUCAUAUACUGACAUUCCUACCACUUCCUCUCCUCCUGCUGCUAGUCACUAUCCUUCUGACUCUGACAGUGAGAAUGAUCAGUCUCCUCCUUCACCUAGUCCCUAUCAUCCCUCACCUAGUCCUUAUCAUUCCUCACCCAGUUCCUAUCAUUAUCACUCUUCUCCUUCCUCCAUUUGUUCCACCUCUGCCAAACCUGUAGUUCCCCCUAGGAAAUCCACAAGGGUACCUGUCUUUCCUAAGAAAUAUGAUGACUUUUAUGUUGGAUCAGUCCAAGUCAGUAUGUCCCAUCUCACUCCUCCUCAACAACAUUUUGCUCUUACUCUGCUUACCAAUGAGGAGCCAGUGAGCUAUGCUGAAGCUGCCAGAGAUCCCAGAUGGAAUGCAGCCAUGAAUGAAGAGUUUAGUGCACUUCAAGCUAAUGACACAUGGGACAUUACUGACUUUCCUGGGGGGGGGGGGGGGGGGGUUAAGCCAAUUGGCUCCAAGUGGGUGUACAAAACAAAGUUUAAAUCAAAUGGAGCUUUAGAAAGGUUUAAGGCAAGGGUAGUUGCUAAAGGCUAUACCCAAAUAUAUGGGAUUGAUUAUUGUGACACUGACACCUACUCACAAGUGGCUAAGAUCACUUCAGUUAAGAUGUUACUGGCUGUUGCUUCUGUUCAGAAAUGGCAUUUACACCAAAUGGACGUUAAUAAUGCAUUUCAGAAUGGAGAGCUUGAUGAAGUGGUCUAUAUGGAAUUGCCACCUGGAUUAAGGGAUCUACCUGAGUACAAAGGGAAGGUUUGCAGACUCAAGAAGUUUCUUUAUGGGCUGAAACAAGCCAGUCGAAUGUGGUAUGCAAAGUUGACUGAGUCUUUACUCAGUAAUGGUUUCAAACAGUCUCUUGCAGACUAUUCCAUCUUCCUUUCCACUGUUCAGGGGCAUUUGGUUGUUUUAAUUGUCUAUGUUGAUGAUAUAGUGGUUGGCAGUGCUAGUCUUGAUGCAGUGAAGGAAGUUAAAAGGAUGCUGAUGUCCUUGUUUAAGAUGAAAGAUCUGGGAGAAUUACAGUACUUCCUUCGCCUGGAAGUUAGCAGAACAGAUAAGGGAAUUCAUGUUUGCCAACAAAAAUAUUGCAUUGAACUCUUAAAGAAGGCUGGUUUUGAUGAGUGCAAGCCAGCAAAGACCCCAUCAAGUGUCAAACAAGUGCUCUCUGCCUCAGAUGGGGAACCUUACCUUGAUAUUCCCUUGUUUAAGCAUCUCCUUGGAAAACUUCAGUACCUGAACAGCACCAGACCUGACAUAACAUUUGCUAUGCAACAGUUGUGUCAGUUUCAAGAUGCUCCAACAACUGUACACAACAAGUAAUUACAUAGGGUAUUCAGGUAUCUUAAGAACUCACCAGGACAAGGCCUAUUCUAUCCCAGUGAUUCUUCUAUGCAGUUAAAUGGUUUUAGUGAUUCAGAUUGGGCAACUUGCCCGGAUUCCAGAAGGUUUAUCACAUGGUUUUGCACAUUUCUUGGUAAAGGGUUGAUCAGUUGGAAGAGUAAGAAGCAGAGCACUGUAUCUAAAUCAUCUUCUGAGGCAGAAUACAGAGCUCUAGCCCACCUUAGUUGUGAAGUUCAGUGCCUAGUCAGAUUACUUGCUGACUUUGGCAUUGAUCACCCUUUUCCUGUUAUGGUGUUCUGUGAUAACCAGUCCGCCAUUCAUAUUGCAAGAAACCCUGUGUUUCAUGAACGGACAAAACACAUUGAAGUGGAUUGUCACGUUAUUAGGGAGAGAUUGACCAAUGGGUUGAUCAGUUUACAUCAUUUGUCUACUGUUCAUCAGCUUGCAGAUGUAUUUACCAAAAGCUUGGGCAUAGAUCAUUUUAACCUUCUACUGUCCAAGCUGGGAGUUUCUGGAAGACCCUCUCCAGCUUGUGGGGGGGUUUUGGAAUGAUGAUUCGAAUCACCAACAGCAGCAGCUCGGACUUCAUUUGAUCACUCUGCAUCAAGCUGCUACUGUAAGGAAGAAGGCAAGCUUCCCACGAAGUGCAGAUCAAGUCCAAGUCGGAACGACGCCGUUCUUCUCCUAUCCAGAACAGGGAUUGAAGUGAAACGUUGCCGUUCCAUUGCAUGAAGAAGCGUGGAGCUCCAAGCCGCUGCCGUUUCAAUUAAUCUCUGUUAGAAGUUAGUUAGCCAGCUUUACAGGUUUUAUUGGUUAGUUUGAGUUAGUUUUUACUGUAGAUUAGCCGUUGCUAAUCAACUCUACCUUCUCUGUACAGCUUUGUAUAUAAAUGAAAAUGCAAAACCAAGGAGCUCUCAGUUGAGAAUCCUUCCACAAAACCCUAUCUAUUCAAUUUCAUCUCAAUCUCAAGAAAGCGUCGCCCGCAAAUCUCCGUUGUUGGAAUCAUAGACGAGAGACGACCACUCGCUGGGAGGAGAUGAAAUGGAUUCUCUACCACCAGAAUCAUGGACGAUCACUCACAGGUGCCAUUCUUCCCGUACCACUCACCGCCUUUGAUUCAUCUUAGAGAAAAUGACGAACACUUCGUCUUCCUAAGGUUUUGCAGCCCCUACCACCAAUUUGUUGUCGAAGCCGGCGACAACCCGAUAACCGACGAGGCGUCAUUACUCGUCGCAGAAUCCAGCUUCGAUUCAAGCUUCAGCUGCUGCGUGGGUCGUUUGAGUAUGGUGGCCGGUGGAGGAGUUGUUAGACAAAAGAUUUGAAUGACUUGCUCAACAAGUUUAUGAACCGUUUCUGCCCACCUUCCAAGAUGACAGAAUGGCAAAAGAAGAUAAAUCACUUCUCCCGAGAGGAGGAUAGGACUUUGAGGGCUGCACGGGAAAGAUACUCUGGCCUUUUCUUCUAGUGUCCAUACUACGGGUUUAGAGAGAAGUUCCAGAUUGAGAACUUCUAUGACGGUCUCCAUCUAAAAGAUUAGAUUCUCAUUCACUCAUUUUGUCAAGGGAACAUGCUCAACAAAACUCCGCCCGAGAUGAGCGCAUUGUUUGAAGAUAUGAUCGUUGAUAACAUUAUAUUUGCACAUGUUUAUAACUUCACCUCUUGAUUGUUUUGGAUUGAUUUGCGCUCUUCAUGGCUGAUGUUAUGCUAGGUUGUGUUUUCUUGUUAUAUUUUAGGUCCUAGAAAGUAAAGGGAGGCAUAGGCG